AUGGGCGAUAUCACCGGGGGUUCUACAUGGAACACCGCAAAUGCGGACGUGGGAAUAGAAGACGACUUGUUUGAUUUUUCAUCGCGCGAAGAUGACGUCCUGAGCGAACAGAUCCAACACGAGUUUGACGAAUUGGGCUCUGUCAGUUCCGAUGGCUCCAGCGAGGAAGCACUACUUUCAGAUUGGAAAGCGAAGCUGAAGCACUUCUUCAUCUUGUCUGCAUCUGGUAAACCGGUCUACAGCAGACAUGGCGAUGACCAGCUCAUCAGUCACUACAUAGGAGUCGCUCAGACUGUGAUAUCCUUCCAUCAGGGCUCCAAUGAUAGCUUGAAGGGAUUCACGGCCGGCGGGACACGCUUUGUGAUCCUUUCAAAAGGACCGCUAAAUCUGAUAGCGAUCAGCCGGCUGCCCGAGAGCGAUGCACAGCUACGGACUCAACUGGAGUCGCUCUAUAUGCAGAUCCUUUCGACAUUGACUCUACCCAGUAUGGAGCGCAUGUUCUCAAAUCGACCUUCCACAGACUUGCGACGACCGCUUCAGGGGACUGAGGUACUCCUAGAUGGUCUUGCGGAUGGCUUCACCCGAGGCUCCCCGUCGACUCUGCUCUCCGCACUUGAGUGUCUCCGACUCCGAAAGACACACAGAAGGGUCAUCAACGAGACAUUACUCAAGGUACGCUCUCCGAACCUCCUUUAUGGUCUCAUUGUAGGUGCAGGCCGCUUGGUCAGUGUAGUAAGGCCUAAGAAGCAUUCGCUGCACCCCGGAGAUCUGCACCUCAUAUUCAAUAUGCUUUUCGAGGCCGGAAGUGUGAAAGCUGGAGGUGGCGAGAAUUGGAUUCCCGUGUGUCUGCCCGGCUUCAACAACACUGGCUUCUUGUACAUGUACGUUAGCUUCUUCACCGCAGCGGAAAAUGGAGCAAUUACCAGCGAGGAGAGAUCGGCUUCCAUAGGCUCCGACGACGAAUUGGCCAUCGUUUUGAUCAGCGCAAAACAAGAUGCCUUCUUUGAAAUGCGGAAGAUGCGGGAUGAACUCGUAGCUCAGCUGGAAUCUAAUGGCAGCAUUGCCAUCAUUGGAAACGCGAUUCGCAAAGGCCAUGCUCCAUGCUCGGAAAUUGUCCCCGGCACGGUCUUGCGACAUUUCCUUUACAAGUCCCGCGGCAAUGUCCAAUUCGUCAUGCCUUCAUUUCCAACAGCACAUACUGGAGGUCAUUCUAGCGAGGUGACUAAGCGAAGACUCAUGUCUCUAUACCAUCAACUGCACGAAUCCAUUCAUUCUCGCACUGCGCAUCUCAAGGUCCAGCACAGCAUUGCUUCUGACUCUACAGCGGUUGCAUGGGAGACACAGCUGUUCGAGUUGUACUGUGUAGCGGGGCCGCAAGCUUCUCGAGCUGCGCUGGCGCAUGGGGCGAACAGGGUCGUCCAGUGGAUCCGAAGGGAGGAGGAGAGAGUCUUCAUCAUUGGUGGCGCGGUCUGGUAG